AUGCAGACGGCGUCCUCUUCAGGACUGCUGUUCUGCCCCUACACCGGUUCCAUGCUGGUUUUUGACCCGCUGAAGAACAUAGCCAGCUCCAAGCUGUCUGGCUACACCCGGCAGCUCCACGAGCUGGAGGGCCAAGUGAAGGUGACCCAGACGACCGACAUGGUGGACUUUGCUCGCCGGUUUGGGCUGGAGAUGCUGGUCCGCCCCGAGUCGGUGAAGAAGGAGGAGGACGAGCUGCUGCACGGCCGCACGCGCGCCACAGUGGACGAGGUGUGCCCUGACUGCGGGGCGCAGGGCAUGGAGUUCUACACGCUGCAGCUGCGCUCCGCAGACGAGGGCCAGACCGUGUUCUACGAGUGCACUGAGUGCGGCCACAAGCAUAGCACAAAUAACUAG